GGCGAGGUGACACCCUCUAAUGGGACACAUAGCAAACUCAUUAUGGGAAGAAGCCACCCCACUGGAGCAUGACAGCACAGGCUGGGAUGCUCAGAGGGAGGGAUGGACGGAUGCAGAGGGCGUUUGUGUGUGUUGUUUGCUAGCUGGGUUUAUAGUCCCACAACCGGUCCAGGUCAGGCACAGAAACCCUCUUUUGUGCGCCGGCCAGGCCUCUAUUGUUCAAACUCUCAUUAGCACCACUUAGAAGCUGUUUUUCAGAACAGGAGGCUCCCUUUCUGCAGCCGCUCAAUCUGCACCCAGACAAACCGAGACGCUGACGGCUUUUCCCAGCUCAGAAGUUGCUGCAAAAACUCAAGGAAAACACGGGGGUUGCUGGAAGAACGCAGCAUGGACCCUUUGGAUUAUGAGACUGCAGCCAUGAGGAGGGGAAGCUACGACGAUGCGGCUUCACUGCGCCCCCAUUUCAGACAUCUGGCUCAGCGUCGACGCUCCGCUCCAUCACUGGUUCUCGGGAAAGCUUUGGGAAUGCCGUGGUCUCCGAUCAGGGAGGAGGUGUCUGUGGAGCAGAGCCCGUUCGUCCUGGGACUGACCAGCGAAAACGGAGAGCUGCUGCUGGAUGAAUGCGUCCAGGUCUCACAGGGCCACAAGACCAGAGAGAGACACUUGUUCCUCUUCAGAGAUGUCAUCGUCUUUGCUAAGCUCAAAUCGAUGGCCACCUACCGCCUCAAGCACAGAGUGAACCUGGAGGAUGUCUGGCUUUACGGCUUCGAGGACGAGCUGGAGGACGAAGAGGACGCCACGAUCGCGGAGUUCGACCUCAGACUGACCAUCGUCCUGGCCUGGGAACUCAGCUUCUGUCUUGUGUGUUUCUGCUCGCCUGAAGUGAAAGGACACUGGUGCGAUACUCUUCGCAGGAACAUUUUGAAUGCAAGAGUGAGAGCGGGUUUUGCUUCUUCACCCCCAGACGUCCUCAUGAAGGUGUUGAGUGGCAGCAUCGCAACUAAAACUCUGACCGGAGGUGGCAUGGAGCAAAUGAUUGAUCUUCCCAUCGAGGGAGAUGCAAAGAACUUUGUUCUGUCAAAGCAGCUGAACAACCAAGACGAGAGGUCGACACAGCUCAUUGAGACCAAGUGGAACUUAGUGAGGAACAAGAUGAAGCUGAGGAAGGGCUCCUCCAACAAAGCAUGCCGGGCAGAAUCGGGGACCAAAGGGUUGCUUUUCGGGCAGCAGCUUGGCAAGAUCUGCCCCAAUGAUUACUCGCUCCCCAAACCAAUCAUGGACCUGCUGGUGCAGCUGAGGAAGAAAGGCCCGUCCACAGAGGGCGUGUUUCGGAAACCGUGCAACAACAAGAACAUGAAGGACAUCAGAGAGCAGCUCAACUGCAGGGCGGAGGUCGACCUCGAGGACCUGCCGGUGGUCUUGAUUGUCGGACUGCUCAAGAGCUUCCUGAAGGAGCUUCCCGGCAGCCUGUUGAGGUCAGAUCUUUACAGCAAGUGGAUGACGGCGCUCAAUAAUGAAGACGCCCAGCAGAGAACUCAAGAAAUCACAAAGGUGGUAGAUGAACUCCCAGCGGCCAACAAACUCCUCCUGCAGUACCUGAUCUGCGUCCUCCACCACAUCCUGGAGAGCGCAGACAUCAACAAGAUGGAUGCCCACAACUUGGCGGUGUGCAUUGGGCCCACGCUGCUGCAGCUGGAUGACACGCCUCUGGACGGGCAGCGGGAGAAGAUGCAAAAGGUCACAGAGCUCACUCAGUUCUUGAUUGAAAACUGUGAGAUUCUUGGAGAAAAUAUUCCAAGUUUGCUGGAUACGGAUGAAGAUUCCCUGUCCUCCUUGCAUCAUGACUCCGCCUACGACAGCACAGACCCGGACGGAGAUGGAGAAGCAGGAGAAAAGAGGAGCUCCACAAACACGGAGCGUGGCUCUUCUUCCUCGUGCUCCUCCCUGAGUCCCAGCAUGACCACCUCCUCAUGGCAGUCCGAUGUCACCCUGAACACAAAGACGACCAUCAACCGCCGCUGCUCUGAGCCCAUCAUCUUCCUCUCCGCGGAGCUUGCGAGCUUGUGCGGCCACGCUAGGAGUCAUGACGACUGCUCGAUGGAGAGGAGCACCUUUGAUGAGCAGCCUCUGAAAAAACAAAUCUCCGACGACUCUUUCCUACUCAAGAGAAACGGUGCCAGCUCUGCUCUGUCUUUUCCCAAACUGAGCAGCAGCACCACUGUGGAUCUGAUGCCUUACAUGGGCAAGGAUUGUUCCUGCUCUUCCUUGGAGAGCACAGCUUCCAAUCAGUCGGAGGGAUCGGUGUUCGCCAGCUCUCCGAAAGGGUCACCGGGAUACACUAGGAGAACCACCGAUCAGCCCUCAGAUACUACGCAGGAGAUUCCCAGACCCAUCACAGAUGAGAAGAAGCGCUCUCAGUCCAUGAGAGUGACCUCCAAAGUCCUCAUGAGGACCAGGAGUUUGGGAGCUUUCAGCAGGAGCAGCUACAAAAGAGACUCUCAAAAGGAGAACUCCUUCCCCUGCGAGACGCUGCCGGAGGACUCGCAGAGCGAAGCGGACCCGUCAGUCGAGGUUCUGCGCAGACAACGGCCUCAGUCCGCCAUCGAAGUGUUCAAGCACGUGGACAGCAAGCUGCCCGGCCAGCCCCCGUCCUACGAGCAGGCCAUGCAGAACCUGGGCUUCCCUCCACAGUACGGCUCGAUGACCGUGCAAGACGCCAAAAAGCUGGAGAGGAGGUCCCGCCCCUCCUCUGUGAACUAUGACUUUUCCACCGCCGACCACGUCUACAGCCAGGACUGCUUUGCUCAAACAGCUCAGGACUGCGGCGUGGAGCGACGGCAGGCUUUCCGUCCGAGAGCCAUGUCGGAGUCCGUAUCCAUGGGACACCAUGAGGUGGCGUCCCGGCGGUGCAGCCACCCUGUUUUUGAGGAAUUUUCUUAUGCUAAGGAGUCUUAUGUUUAACUUUUAUCCAGAAAAGAUAAAGAAAGUGGUGUCAGAAGGUGCAGCUAAAGCAUUUGGAGCAAUCCAUCAAGACUUUGAGUCCUUCGGGGCCUUCAGCGAUGGAUUUCCAAUGAAUCACACACUUCACUACCUUUGGCUGCCUGGUUUCCUUCAGCCUCUCACCGUAGAUGUGAGCAGUAGAUGUGUGUCGGUUGUUUCAGUCAUGUGCUCUCCAUGUGGCGGCACAUAAUUGGUAGUGCUAUUGUAAGUACAAAAUGUGUGUAAUAUACUAAGAUAGAUAAUUAGUCUAUCACAAAGAAGCUAUGAACACGUGGAUAAAAUAUGCUAUUUGAGGUUUGGUUGCCAUGGUGAUGUGUAAGCACUUUUUUUUUCCUCUCCUUUUUGGCUUUUUCGAGAACGCACUUCCUUUCUUUUUCUUCCACUACACUAAAGCACUUUUUGGAAAAGUAAUUUUGUUUUAUGGAAUUGUAAAUAAAAGGUUCAACAUCUAUAAAUAUACUUGUGCAUUGUAUUUUGUUUUUGAGGAGAAAGGGUUAAAAAUGAACAAUUCUUUAAGGAGAAAACGAAGCGUGACUGAAGUUUUUUUGUGAUGUGUUGCAUAACAGAGACUAGCUUGGGGAGAACAGUGCGUUCUGAACAAACACAUUGAAGCAGAGGAAAACCAGACAGGGUCACAUGGACGGAAAUGGUUUUUCUGCGAACUGCUGUUCCUCUUGUCGGCGAGAUAAAGUUGAUGCCACUUCUUCUUCUUCUUCUUCUUCCUUCCCUUCCAUCAAAGAUUUGAAGACAACUUUCCGCCCGCAGCAAUUCGAUGGUUUUCCUGUUGCAAUCACGAAUGCAUGCAUGGUGCAAAUACAUCCAAAAUAAAGAUGAACAGAUCAAAACUCCACAUUGCAGAGCGAUCCGACACCUUGAUUUGUUGAAGACGUUUUUUGGAGGAAGCAUUCACAUUUUUGUUGUCUGCCAUCAACUCACUCGUUUCAAAAUGACACUGAACAUCUGAGCUCAUGCUUUUAAAAGUAGCAGGAAGCACUACUAAAAGAGUGAACAGAAAGUUUAUGCCUUGACUAAAUGCAGCAUUAUUAUCACUCAAAUAUGACUUUUUAUGUUUUGCAUGACUAAUAUGCAGCAUGUGAUGCAUAUGCAUGAGCAUAAGAAGAGACCAUGAGGCACGUUUUCCACCCUAAACGGAGCCAAGUGGCACUAAAAGAAAAAAAAAAA